CGCUUGCAUCGCAUCCGAAGCUGUACAACCUUACCUGUGAGGCUUUGUCUACACAAGAGCUCCAGAAUCAAUUCGGAGUUAGUCACUCCUGUCGACUCUUUAUACUGUUUUAUACUGUACAAUUUAUUAUACAAGCGUUUUAUAUCAAGUAUUACAAUUUCCGGAGAUUGUAAUUUUUUAGCGAUGCAAUGUACGAAGCUUUCAUUAACGGAUACCGUUUGGCUGAAGUGUCACAUGGCAAACCCUAUUAUGUUUACUGUAUCGAAAUUUUGGAGUCAAAGACUGACACUCGAUAUUUCAUCGAGAGAAGAUACAGCGAAUUUAGUGCAUUACAUCGUAAGUUAAAGAAGGAUAGUUUGGAUAUUGCACCUUUUCCACCAAAGAGGGUAAGAAACUCGCAACCAAAAGUAUUGGAACAACGACGAGCUGCAUUGGAAUUGUACAUUCAAAAAAUGCUAAGUUUGUUAGCAACAAAACAACAAGUUCUCAAUUUUCUGGGUAUAGAAAGUCAAGAAACUGCGUUCCAUCAAAGUAUACAUAAAGCUGCGGACAGUUCAUUGCAUAAUCAUCCAAAUACUUUGGGGCAUCAUCCAGUUUGGACUUUUCAUCGUGAUCCAUACAUCCCAUCUGACUCAACUAGCAGUCUUUCAGAUAUUGUAACUAAUGGUGUAUUAUUAGGUAUAUAUAAAUCUUGAUAUUGUGAAUAAUUACGAACGCGCGAGGGUGAAACAAUAAGAAUAAGAUACACUUUUGAUAGCAGUACAAAAGCCCACCCAACUGAACAAAAAAGUAGUGAUAGUAAUGCGCAAAUAACAAAAGUUUUGAAAAUAAAAUUGACUUUUUGACAAUGGUAUGUACCAAUGUAAACAGAAUUAACAAAGUUAAUUUAUUCAUUUUAUACAUAUAACAGAAUCUCGUUUAUGUAAUAAUUUAUAGCAUAUUAUGUAAAACUCUAAGCAUCAUAUCUGACAAUUGAGCAAGCGAAAUGUUGAUGUAUAAAGUUCAUGUAACUCAUUAACAUUUAAACCUAAAAGACGAACUGGUAUGUAAAAUUUGUUUGCAGAUAGAUGCGUACUCAAAAUGAAAUUAUGUGUUUGCAGGUUUAAUUAGUAUUGAUCAUUCCAAAGAAGUUGUGUCGACUUUUGAUCUGACAAAUAUGCAAUGUUAUGUAUAUGUAUAAAAUAUUGUAUAAAAGGAAAUUAAAUUAAAUGAUGCUAUUAUA